AUGCUCCACUUCCGCACACAGGGAUUCAACGGCUGUGCGGUCAAGUAUUCCCCUUUUUUUGACAAUCGCUUGGCCGUAGCAAGCGCAUCCAAUUUUGGCCUUGUCGGCAAUGGCAGGCUAUACGUUCUAGAGCUCACUCCGAAUGGAAUUGUGCCCGUGAAAACUUUUACCACACAAGACUCCCUCUACGAUCUCGCCUGGUCGGAAAUCCACGAGAACCAAGUCCUCACUGCAUCGGGCGACGGCAGCAUCAAGCUGUUCGACACUACGGCCAAUGACUUCCCUAUUCAAAACUGGAAAGAACAUGGACGGGAGGUAUUCAGUGUUAACUGGAAUCUUGUCGCAAAAGACCGCUUCUGCUCCAGCAGCUGGGAUGGCACGGUUCGUGUCUGGUCGCCGCAUCGACAGCAGUCCCUCCUCACCCUCCCCACUCACAGCUGCACCUACUCCGCCGCCUUCUGCCCUUACAGCCCCGACCUGAUAUCAUGUGUCACAUCAGACUCAUACGUUCGUGUUUUCGAUCUACGAACACCAGCCUCCGCCUCCAACCACCUCACCCUCCAGAUACCCAUCCACGCAGCCCCGCCACCACCUGCGAUUCCCGGUCAACCAGGAAUCCCACCGUCCGCCACACCACCAGCUGAAGCCCUCACUCAUGAUUGGAAUAAGUACCGUCCUACGGUCCUUGCUACAGCUGGUGUUGAUCGGGCUAUCCGCACGUUCGAUAUUCGUGCCCCGCACCAAGGACCUCUGGCCACUAUGCUUGGCCACGACUACGCAGUCCGGAAAAUAAGCUGGUCGCCACACCUAUCAGACGUGCUUCUGAGUGCAAGCUACGAUAUGACUUGCCGUGUCUGGAGUGACCGGUCAGAUGCUGGGUCGGUUGGUGAUGCUGAUUUCAUGCGGUCUGGUGCGGCGGGUCCGGUUGUCGGCAUGGAGCUAGGAAGAAUGGGACGACACACUGAGUUUGUCACCGGUGUAGACUGGUGUCUUUUCGGAAGUGAAGGCUGGUGUGCCAGUGUCGGUUGGGAUGAGAGCCUGUAUGUAUGGGAUGUUAGGGGCGUGAUGUCCUGA